AUGAAUGAAACUCUUGAUUAGUUGAAGAAGAUAAGAGGCAUGAUUAAUGCUGAUGAUUUAAAAGCCUUCAAAAGUUAUGAGUUAUCUCAAUGUUAAGAUAAAUCAUUAGAAAAAGCUUAUGAAGAUAUUAUUAAUACAUUCAAGCUAUCAAUAAUUGCUUUUACUUAAGGUGCCAGCGCUGACUAGAAAAAACUCUAUAAAAAUGCAUAUGAGAAUUCAUAUGCUUCAAUAGACAUAUUGAGUUCUAACAUAGGUGGAAAAUUAUGGGGUUGUGUCCCAGCUACAACGAUGCUUAGGAAUAAUGAUGGUAUUAAUAAUUUUAGUGCAGGUUCUCCAUUAUUGAUUAAUCUAGCUUCAGCUUAUUUGUAUACUGUCAAUAUUGGAAUGAUGCACAUCUCUUAUUUCUGGUUGCUAUCUUCUGGGACUAAUGAGGAAAAAGAAGAUUCAAUCAAUAGAAUUGAUGAUUUAUAUAAAAAACAUGAAUACGAUGGCUAUUGGGAUAUAUAUUAUGCAAUAAGUUAUUCUUUGACAGCCUGGUAAUAUUAUUCAGGCAUGAAUCUUAAUAAAUUGUAUGAACAGAGUGCAAGCAUGAAUCAAAGUACACUUGCAAAGAAAAUGAAGCUUAUGAUGAAUACUAUGUACCCUGAUCAUUAUAUUGAUGUUCAUACAAUUAUUGAAAGAGAUCAGCCUUUUUAAUUUUGCGGAAAAGGAGAGAGAUAAAUCAUACUAAGUAGACAAGACCUAAAUUCCAGUCAGAAUUUAAAAAUCAACAUUGUGGUUACAAGAGCUCCUAAAAAUGAUACUGAUGACUGGACUGGUUAUCUAGAUAUUAAGAAUGCAAAGUUCUUAACAAAGGUUAACUAACUUUAUGCCUAUAAUUAUGAUGUUUGCCAAUGGGUUUAUGAUAAUUCCAAAAUUUUCGGAGAUAUAUUUAUUUAAGGCAUUUUUGCUUACUUCUCAGAUGACUUUCAAAAUUAAGAUUUAGUUAUUGCUUCGGAUUUAAAUACUUCUGCUUAAUAUCCAUUGCUGAAUGGACGUAUGGUUUGUAAUGAGCAAAACUCGUUGAAAUAUUGUUUGAAUGCUUGA